UCGCCGCAGUUCAUCCAUCGUUAUAUGUUAUUAGCUCAGCUUUCUACCUAGGUCAAACCCGAGCACAAACUGCAGCUAGCAGUGACACUUCACAGUUCACAGCAACAGCAGCAGCUGUAGCUCGAGCUUGCCAUCUAUCGGCCAUGGCGAGCUAGCUACUAGCUAGCUUUAUAUAUAUACCUCGCCCCCUCCCCUUUUACCCCCAUCUUCUUCUUCUUCUUCUUGGACCCCGGUCUCCCCUCGUCUCCUCCCUGAUCGAGAUCGAGUAGUAGUGACACGCAUACACCACCAACCACCGCCGCCCGCCGCCGGCGAGCUGCAGGAUGGGGAGGCCGCCGUGCUGCGACAAGGUCGGGGUGAAGAAGGGGCCAUGGACGCCGGAGGAGGACCUGAUGCUGGUCUCCUACAUCCAGGAGCACGGCGCCGGCAACUGGCGCGCCGUGCCGACGAACACCGGGCUGAUGCGUUGCAGCAAGAGCUGCCGGCUCCGGUGGACGAACUACCUCAGGCCGGGGAUCAAGCGGGGGAACUUCACCGAGCAGGAGGAGAAGCUCAUCGUCCACCUCCAGGCUCUCCUCGGCAACCGGUGGGCAGCGAUAGCGUCGUACUUGCCGGAGAGGACGGACAACGACAUCAAGAACUACUGGAACACGCACCUCAAGAAGAAGCUCAAGAAGAUGCAGGCCGCCGGAGGUGGGGAAGACAGCGGCGCCGCCUCGGAGGGUGGCGGCGGCCGCGGCGACGGCGACGGCGGCGGGAAAAGCGUGAAGGCCGCCGCACCUAAGGGGCAGUGGGAGCGGCGGCUGCAGACGGACAUCCACACGGCGCGGCAGGCGCUGCGCGACGCGCUCUCGCUCGACCACCCCGACCCGUCGCCGGCGACGGCGGCGGCGGCGGCGACGCCAGCGGGGUCGUCGGCGGCGUACGCGUCGAGCGCGGACAACAUCGCGCGGCUGCUGCAGGGCUGGAUGCGCCCGGGCGGCGGCGGCGGCGGCAACGGCAAGGGCCCCGAGGCGUCGGGGUCGACCUCCACGACGGCGACGACGCAGCAGCAGCCGCAGUGCUCCGGCGAGGGCGCGGCAUCCGCGUCCGCGUCGGCGAGCCAGAGCGGCGCCGCCGCCGCGGCGACUGCCCAGACGCCGGAGUGCUCGACGGAGACGAGCAAGAUGGCCACCGGCGGCGGCGCCGGCGGCCCCGCGCCGGCGUUCUCGAUGCUGGAGAGCUGGCUGCUCGACGACGGCGGCAUGGGGCUCAUGGACGUGGUGCCAUUGGGGGACCCCAGUGAGUUCUUUUAAGUGUAGUACAACCAAAAUUAAAUUAAUCAAGUAGACAGCAAGAACAAAAAAAAAUAAUGGAAAGUUGCCGAGUUAAUUAAUCAAGAUGCAACUAAUCAAAGCUAAUUAAAAGGGCUUCGAGUUAAUUCUCGGUGAUUUAAAUCGAGUUUGCAGGUGUUGAUCUAGCUUGGUUAAUUAAUCCUUUCUUUUGUAGGUUUUUAGUUAAUUAGUCUCUCUGAUGAUGCUAGGGUUUGGAACUGAUCAUAUGUAAGUUAAUUUAUACUAAUGGUAGGCCUGUGACUUGUGAUUAGUUAGUCCUGAGUGGAUAAAUAAAGACAUAAAUGUACAUCUUUUUAAAAGAUAUAUAUGUGUAUAGAUGUUACAGUUUAUUAAUUUUACUAUACAUCGUGUCUUGUUUCCCCUAA